AUGGCGGCGAGGAGGCGUGGCCGGCAGUCCAACAGGGAGGCAGGGCACACUGGAGCCCGCUCCAAGAUGGCGGCGAGGAGGCGGGGACGGCAAGCAAGCGGCGAGGCAGUGCGCGCCGAGAGCGACGUGUCACAAUCAGCUCAUCUCCUCGCAAGGGGUAAAAGGACGGCAGCUGAGAACGACGGGGAAGAGAGAGGUGGAGAGCCAGCAGUGCAUGAGAAGCGAAAGCAAACAGCAAGACACGCAGCGGAGCGAGAAGCGGAUGCUGAGCGCGAGAGGAAGAGGAGCCAGAGAGAGGCGGACGCUGAGCGAGAGCGCAAGAGAGAGGAGGACGCUGAGCGAGAGCGCAAGAGAGAGGAGGACGUUGAGCGAGAGCGCAAGAGAGCCCAAGGGAGACGACGACGUGCUGCUGGAAAGCAGACGGAGGAGCGAGCAGAGCGAGGCAGAGCUGAAAAACAAUCCGCAACAGACUUUGUUUUAUUGAAAUAA